CCUUAUAACAGGAACUACUGUCAGAAGGAGAGAUAGAUGCUCCAACAAAUAAUCUAGUGUAUAGAAAUAUGGGUACUUUUGGAGGGGUAAUAACUAAGGGACUAAAACAUUACGAGAAAAAUUCCUAGGAAGAGAAUGGGUGUUUUUGACAGAAACGUGUAAAGUUACAGAGUUAUAUAAUGUCAUGACAUGUUUUUAAAAAGUUAAAUAGUAGGCAAUGAUUAGAUUGCUGUAUAACAGCUAAAAGGAAAUACGUUUUGAUUCUUUACUGGAGGAUUUUGUAUGUGUUCUCAAAAACUGGAUGCUCUUGUUGUCAGCGGUUUCUAUAGAGAAAUAUGACUCUGAAAACAAGUGACAGUUAUACUGAUGAGGGUACUGGCUGGAGGAAAAAAGAUCAGGUAAGAUCCUAUCAAAAUAGUUAAAUCAAGGACUACCAAGGACCUGCUGUGAGGAACUAGGAGGAAGGCAGUAGAAAUAGGACAGAAGAAAAGGGACUGAUAUGAGAGAUAAUUAAAGAGGCAUUUUAGCUAGAACUUGGAUUAGUUAAGUGUGGGAUGUGUGUUGGGGGAAAGGGUGGAUGGGUACAGAAUAUCUAGGAAACUUCCAGAUGGCUUGCAUAGGAGACUGUAUGAAAGCUAAUGCCAUUUAUUGUAAUAGAGGAAUAACUUGCUUGGGAAAGGUUAUUCUAGACAUAGUAGAUUUGUGGAACUCCUGUGACAUCCAUAGAAUUAUAUCCACUCCAUACUCCACCAUUAAGGACAUGUGGAACCACUUCAGCUACAGAGGUCCUCCUUUACAUCCACCUGAUCAACAGCUGCAGGGAUAUAGCAAGCAAAAUGAUAAAUAGGCUUUCAUGGACUCUAAUGAGACAAGUAACCACAGGAAUCUCACCGAACCUGUGAAGGGAAAGGUUUAAAAAAAAAAAGUACCUAAUGUCUCCAUGGAUAGAAGCCUUAUAAACCAAGACGUGAAGGCUAAAUAGGAUGUAGUUCAUGGAGAUUGCAGCAUGAGGAAAGCUAUGAGGUGAUACACAUGGUGUGUGCUGAGAGCUGCAAGGUAUAAAAUACAGUGUAGACUGUGGUAAGAAAUAAGGUUUAGGUGGAAGCAGUGGCAAAAUCACGAAGUGCCUAUAGGCCUUGUACCUGUAGGCUAAAUGAUUUGAGCAUUUAUUGUGUACACAAAGGGACUAUGGAUGAGUUUUAAGGAGAGUAAAAUGGUCAGUUUUGAGCUAAGGUCUCACCUUUAAGGGUAAGACUAUAAGCAGAAAAGUCAGUUGGGAGUCCAUGUGUGAAAGGCUAUUAUUUUCAAGUGUGCAGAGCAUCAAACAUGAAGGUUGAAGUGACCAAAGGAUAUGAAUGAAAGUCCGAGGCCAAAAGGAUCAAAAGCAAAAAGAAGGGUGUAUGAGGUAGGUAUUGAGGAGAAAGGAUCAAGGCUAAGGUCAUAAACAGCAAUUGUAAGUUUGAUGUUCCCACUUAUCUAUGUAUGUACAUGUAUGGCAUUGGGAUAGGCAUGUAGCUUAAACUUUCAGGGAUGAGAAGGUGAAGAUAUGCCCCUAUAACUAGAUUAUAAGAUCCUGAAGACUCAGCAUGUGUCUAUGAACCUUUGUAUACCACAGCUCUUAGCCCAUGGUCUAGAGCAUUGCUGAUCAACCAUCAAUUUUGAAAUAAAUAAAAUUGUGGGUGUGAAUGGAAAGAAUGAGAGUGAUGGGAAAUGAAAGCCAGGGACAUAGGUAUUUUGUAAUUGCAUUACAGUAUUAAGAGAAAUUCAAGGGCUCAAGUACUGAGCAAUGCUCAAGUAAUGACAGCAGAGCAUACAGAGAAGAGAAAGUCAGGCAUAAAAUUAUUAGCAGGUUGUUUUAAUUUGUGAGCACAUUCUGCCCCCACUAACCUCAUAGGGACAGAUUUAAGACUAAAAAGUAAGAAAUCUGAGAAGAAAUCACACCCAGAUGCUCAGCUGACUCUACCCCAUUCUCCUUUCUAAACUCCACACUCUCUCCCAAUGCUAUAACUGUACAGGGGCACAGGGUAAAAAUAACCCUUCCUUCAUAUCCACUCCCAUGUAAAAAUCCCAACUUCUUUUCUACAUGAGACACAAAAAUGGCUUGAAGUUUUUAAAGGGAAAGGGAAAUUUUUAUCUUUGAUACCAAGGUAAACAGAGUAUCCUAGUAAAUGUAUGUUUUUAUAUGGGCUUUAAUGUUAAAGGAAGAUACUCUAUCCUCAUUUCAAUAUACUUAGUACAACUUCCAGCACCUUGUAAUUCUUAGUCUUUCUGCCAUCCAGCAUCCAUUUCCUAAUCUGAUUUCCCAGUGAAUCUCAGGUCUUCCUUGUAAGUACUGGGUUCCGUAGACUUCCACUCUACAGGUGCUGUGACCUUCUUGUGUUCUGCUUUUGUCUUUCUUUCCUCCUGGCAGGAAGGAACUGUUUCUGUAGCUGAGUCUCAAAGAUUCUGUCUCCCAGCUGUACAUCCAAGAUGUAUUGUACAGUCCCUCCUUUACAUCACCUAAAUAUUUUGGAAGCUCCAAGGUCCUGACUUCCCAGUUCUACCUCUUGCUAUUUCUGCAACCCAGAAUUAGUCACUUAAAUCUAUAUUUCAGUUUUUUUAGGCAUACAGUUGUAGCUAUUAGUACUACUAGCCCACAGGAUUGUUGUUAAGAUCAAGCGAAUUAAUACUGCAAAGGUUUUACAGCAGUGCCUGCAUUAAUAACGGUGCCUGAACUAAUAAUAACUCAAUUGUGUUAUAUGUGAUUGUUAUUCCUCCAUUGUGUAACUUAUUUCCUCAAAACAGAGUCAUGAUCCAACUCAAAGACAAACUCUCAUUUUAGGGCAGCCGAGACUCUUUGAAUUUUUUGGUUUUGAUCUAUGUUCUUUGGGGACAAAAUAGUGUCAUUUUUCCCCAGUGCAUCUCAAUGCAUGCUUCUCCAAAGGUCAGAACAGACUCCUUCCUGUCUUGUUCCCAAUAAAAAAACAUUUAUUUUUGUAUGUUUGCCUUAGCUCAUUUCCAGAUUAAAGAAGAGAGCAGUGGCCUCAGCUCAGUGAUUAAUUACAUCAACUCCUUAUGUGGCAUUCGACCAUUAUAAGCCCAUUAAGAGAAAGGCUGGGUUCUUGUUGCGGCCUACUGAAGACUCUCUAUUCUCAUCUCCUGAAGAGUAGUAAGAGAGACCAAUGACAUGGAGUGGAGGAACCAUAGUGGGAGAGUGAGUGAGUUUGUGUUGCUGGGCUUCCCUGCUCCUGUGCCACUACAGGUCCUAUUGUUUGCCCUUUUGCUGCUGGCCUAUGUGUUGGUGCUGACUGAGAACACACUCAUCAUUAUGGCAAUUAGGAACCAUUCCACCCUCCACAAACCCAUGUACUUCUUUCUAGCUAAUAUGUCCUUUCUGGAGAUCUGGUAUGUCACUGUUACUAUUCCCAAGAUGCUUGCUGGCUUUGUUGGGUCCAAACAGGAUCAUGGACAGCUAAUCUCCUUUGAGGGAUGCAUGACACAGCUCUACUUUUUCCUUGGCUUGGGCUGCACUGAGUGUGUCCUUCUCGCUGUUAUGGCCUAUGAUCGCUAUGUGGCCAUCUGCUAUCCUCUCCACUACCCAGUCGUUGUCAGUGGCCGGCUGUGUGUGCAGAUGGCUGCUGGCUCUUGGGCUGGAGGUUUUGGCAUCUCCAUGGUCAAAGUUUUUCUUAUUUCUCGCCUCUCUUACUGUGGCCCCAACAUCAUCAACCACUUUUUCUGUGAUGUCUCUCCAUUGCUCAACCUCUCAUGCACUGACAUGUCCACAGCAGAGCUUACAGAUUUCAUCCUGGCCAUUUUUAUUCUUCUAGGGCCACUCUCUGUCACUGGGGCCUCCUAUGUGGCCAUUACUGGUGCUGUGAUGCACAUUCCUUCGGCUGCUGGACGCUAUAAGGCCUUUUCCACCUGUGCCUCUCAUCUCACUGUCGUGAUAAUCUUCUAUGCAGCCAGUAUCUUCAUCUAUGCUCGGCCAAAGGCACUCUCAGCUUUUGACACCAACAAGUUGGUCUCUGUACUGUAUGCUGUCAUUGUACCAUUGCUCAAUCCCAUCAUUUACUGCCUGCGCAAUCAAGAGGUCAAGAGAGCCCUAUGCUGUACUCUGCACCUGUACCAGCACCAGGAUCCUGACCCCAAGAAAGCUAGCAGAAAUGUAUAGAAGGGAUGUGUGAAAUCUGAUAAAAUGCUAUUAAACUUGGGAUCAAUGUGUUCUAUGAAGUCCAAUAGAGUUCUUAGGGCCUAAAUUGGGGGCCAGAGUUUCAAAGGCAUCACUAUGGAACUAGGAAUACUUGCUUUAACUAGUCCAGGAGGAGAAAGAGGAAUAGGUUGCAAGCUAGAAAAUGGAUUUCUGCAGGACAGGGCCAUAAAAUACAGGAUAGAGCUGGGUCCGCUAUUGCCUGUCCCUUUGUAAUUUGCAUAGACAAGAUUCCAAUCAAGGAAGCACAGGCUUCAUUAUGGAAAAGCAGCACAAGACUUUUUGAUAAGAUCUCUAUUAGGUAGCAGAGGCCCAGGAGGUAUCAUUCUAGUGUGUGUUACAAGGCAAGGAGAUAAGAAACUAGGAAUUUUUGUUUUGGGAACAUAUCACCUAUCAAAACAUAAUGGUUUCUAGGUUUAUUUUCAAAUUUACUGUGGUCAGUGUCCACACUGAACUAGUGGCUGAGUGCAGUUGUUUCAUCAAUACUCUGUCUCCCUGAUUAGACUAUAAGCACCAUGGCGACAGGAUCAGAUUUUCUUUUACAUCCUUUUAUUACCAUGGGCAGGAACAGUAUCUAGUGCAUGAUGGCUAUGAAUACGUAUAAUGAAUGAAUAUAGUUUGGAACCAUGUAGGCAAGGCAUGUGUGUCAUGCUUAUAUGUGGGGUUGGCAGGUGCAGCAAGUAAACUCCUCAUACUUUACUAGUAUGCAGAGAGAUACAAAUUGGCUCAGCCUUGCCAGAAAAAAAUUUUGAAAAUAUGUAUUACAAAUCCUGAAAAUAUUGCAACCAUUGUGAUUCAGAAAGAUUUGUGCAGAUAGACACUUUUACUUAUAAAUACAGAAACAAGGAAAGGAAAUAAGCAAAAUAUGCUCAACUUUUGCAAACAGGGCACUGGUCAAAUAAAUUGUAGCUCAUAUGUUACAUGGAAAACUAUGCAGAAAUUGAAAUAAAGUGAUCUAAAUAGAGUUAAUGAAAGAAAAAAUAUUUCUAACUUAAUAAAAAUAUUAUGUUAUAUAACAGUAUCAAAAGUAUCAGCCAAAAGUAUCAGCCAUAUUUGCUUGUUUAAACAAGACUAGAAAGAAUAUGACUAAAAUGCUGACUAGAUAAUGCUGGACUGCUUACGCCUGUAAAUUGCAUUCUGUGGCUAAGCAAUUGCCAUCAGUAUAUUUAUUUAAAUGCUUUUUUUCUUAGCCCAUAUUAUAUAUAACUUUAUUUAUCUGGACAGGGAGAUGGAUACAGGGUAUGUCAGUAUGAUUUUCAGAAAUUUAGCUCCCAACUGUCACCCAACAAACAGAACUCUGAAGACAGUGAAGAUUCUAUCUCCAGAUAUGGGAUCCAACUGUUGCUCAAGAUGUGGGAUCUAACUUUAUUGCUGUCUUUUACUUAAUAAAAUUUACAAAAGGAUAUUACCAAGGAUAUCAUGCAUUAUUUGCUAGCCCAUACUUAUUAAAAGUUUUAAUAUAAUGUGCAUAUCUGUUUGUGCCUAAACAGUAUAAGUAUCUUGUUGUAAUAAUUUUUUAAAUGACUGGAUAUAAAGUUCAUCAAAAGUCUACUGUCGAAGUGUCCCCAUAGAAGUUUCUGAAAUGGGGUUGUGAUCAGGGAUGGGAGUGUCCUCCUCUAGGCAUUGUUAUUUACAGCUCUUAUAUAAACUCUCUUGUAAGUUAACUCCAGUUAAUAGGAAGUAAAAGCAUAAUGUUGAAUUUCUUCAUUGUGCUUUUCUUUUAUUUUCCAAGCUUUUUAGUAUAAAAUGCUUUAAAACACCUCUAAUUCUGAUUUCAAGUAUUGGAAUAGGGUUUAGCACAGUAUUCCUCACAUACUCACCUUUCAACAAACCAUUAAUGAGUUUGAGUCCUGUGUACUAUGGUGAGAUUGACACCUCUCCAAAUGGGGACUGAAUUUUUAGUAAACAUAUGACCCUCAGGACUCAUAUUGAAAUUGAGGUCACAAAACCUCGUAAACUUUUUCUCGUGAAGUAUUGAUCAUCAGAUUAAGUAUCCCCCAUCCUCCAUUUAUGUAACUGAUUUUUCCCAUAAACCUAGAUAUAGAACUUUAUUUUAUCCUUGUUCCAUUUGAUCCUGUUUGUUUUCAACCAUCUUUGUAAUCUGCCAGUCUUUCAAAGUAUUGCUUAGAUAAUACAAGUCUUUUAUAAUUCCCCUUUGCUAAUACAGUAUCUGGAGAAGCUUCUAAUCUCUUGCAUCAGUACAAGAGGUGGGAGUACUGGAUCUACCCGGGUUAUUCAGGGUGGCCAGAGGAAACUAACAACUACAGGCAAGUGAGGAUUAAUAUAAAUGACUUCUGUGCUCCAGAUGUCUAGUGGUUUCCAAUGUUGAGUAAACUCCAAAUUUCUCAGUCCGCCUUUUAAGUUUCUUCACAGCACAUUCUUAAUUUUCCUUUUCAUCCUUAUUUUAAUUUUUUGUCCACUACAAACCUUGUACAGAUGAAUUCUAGAUUGUGAUUAAUAAUUUUUAUUUGAGACUAAUAAGCCAGUGUAUUUCGCUAUUUGCUAAAACAUCACAUUGAUCAGGAUCAGGAAACAAAAAUCCUUCUUGAUAAACAACAUUUUAAAAAUAACAAUUGUUCUGCAGCUCUGUAAACCCUAUUUCCCUUCAUUAAAAAACCCUUACGGUUAUGAACAAGUAAAGACUGAGAAAUAUCAGAUCAAAGCUGACUAAAGAGACAAGAUACCUAUAUGGAGUACGGUAUAUUGGAUUGGAUCCUGGAACAUAAAGCAAUACUAAUGGAAAAGAUAAUAAAAUCUGAAUAAAAUGGCAAAAUCUGAAUAGUUUAACAGCGAUGUAUCAAUUUUGGUUUCUUAUUUUGACAAGUAUAUAUACUAAUGAAGGAGGAAUACAUUAGAAGAAACAAACUUGAGAGAUGUGUGUGUGAAAAACUCUCUUUAGCAUCUUUGCGAUUUUUCUGUAAGCCUAAUAUUGUUCCAAAAUUUAAAAGUUUAUUUUAAAAAGCAACACGUUAUUAGUUUUUCUUACCAAAUAUUUUAAGAGGUUUGAUUUAUUUUAUUGGCUUUCAUAAAAUAAAGAUAUAUUUUCCCUUCCUUUAUAAUUACAAUAAUAUGUACAGCCAACACUUGACUUUUUUGAAUAUUUACCUGAAUUUUUUUAUUAUCAUGAUAUUCAUGAAUUGAUGCUGUUAUUAUUUAGCUAAUUGAUAAGACAGAGAUGAAGUAUAAUUAACAAAAUUGAUGAAGUUAGUGCUUUAUAUACUUAGCAACUCUAAAAAAUUAUGCCAACUCUUUUGAAUAUCACCAUUUGGUGCCAGCAAGAAUGAGUGGACAUCUCCAUGUGCUUGGUAGAGAAGCGGGCCUAUAGGGCAGGUGUAUUCAUUUUCUCUUAGAAGCAUUCCUCAGAUCAAGAUUGCCUUGUCUGAUUUUCAUGUUUCAUAGUCACACUUCAUGAAAACCAAUGGCCCCAGCCUUCCCAGAAUUAGUGACAAUACACAAUAUGCUUUUCAACAAAGAUUUUGGUUGGUUGGAGUGGGGAAAGAGCUAGGUCCAUUCUUCUCCACCAAAUAUCAGUCACACAUAGGACUUCAUAUCCUCAAGGACUGGAGAAUAUUUUCCAAGACUUCUCAUUUUUUCAGUCCCUUGCUUCAGCUCCCUGUAGCUAACUCCCUGUAGCUCCCUGUAGCUAACUUUUUUUCAGUCCCUUGCUUCAGCUCCCUGUAGCUACUCCCUGUAGCUCCCUGUAGCUACUCACCAAGGCACUAGUGCAUCUCCUUGGCCUUUGUUCUUGCAAAACUUCUAGCAGUUGACUCCAGAUUUUGUGGUUACUUUUGGCACAAUUAGCAGCAGAGACAGAAAUAACUGGACUGUGGAUGACUUGAUGGAGAGAAGGAUCUGUCAGUUCACCCUUUUCUUAGCAUGCAGGGCACACUUCACAGAUGUUAUUGUCUGAGUGCUUCCUGGAGUCCAAA